GCCUUUCAGGAUCAUUGCAAGGCAUAUGGGAACACGACACCGAGCCCUUAUAUCUCUGUUCAUACAUCUAUUGCUCGUCUCAUUAGAUACAUAGUGUCUCGUAAUUUUCAUCAAGAUUAGGAGAACGAACUUUGCACCAUUUUCGUCAUUUCACUUAAUAAAUUAAAUCAACUAGGUAUUUAAGCAACUUGUACGGAUGAUAUCCUGGCUAGUUAUAACAGGGAAUAUAAAAAAAAUCCCUCGAGAUUUCAAUGGGAAAAUGGAGUCUGUUUUGUGACGAAUAGUCAUUGGUUAGUUGAGAGGUGGAUACUAGAUCGGGCGAUCGUGGGUGAGAUGGAGAUGCAGAGAUUUUUGGAGAUAGCAAAGGAGAGAGGGGUAGAUAGUGACAAGAUGGGGGAGUUGCCUCCGAAUUCGCCAUUGUUGGAGAAGAAUAUUGGAUUGGAGAAGUGGCCAGUCAGGUGGGGUGACGGGAUGAAUAGAAACGGGGAUGAGAAGAGUGUAAGAUUUGGAUUUGAAACUGCUUUGGGGUUGGGGUCAGGAAUUGAGGCGCAAGAUGCUGGUUCUAGUAUUUCCAGAUCCGAACCUGAUGCCUCGAGUGAGGAUAUACAAAACAUAAUGUCGCACCUGCAGCUGUGAUAUAGGACUUUGAAUUUGAUUUGAACGCAGGGCGUUCAAGUACAUAACUAUAGAUUUGUAUAUUGUGGUAUGUGAUUUCAUUUUUGAGGCUAGAGGGAGUGGUUGAAGCAUGGAACACCAGAAUAGAUUAUUUUAUUGGAGGAGAAUAACUGUUUAUUGUUGAUCAUGAUCAUGAUGAUGAUAGAAUUCCGCGUUUUCUA